AUUGCUGGUAGUCGACCGAGCCGAACACAGCCCCCAGGAUUUAGUUGACUUGGAAAGUCCCCUUUGCUUCAGUGUGAGAAGUUAGUUGCCUUGGCAAUUACUACGUAUUCCUCUGCUCGCCAAACGGUUUGAAUACGUUGGACGGGAAUCGCGAUCAUCGAAUUUCAUUCUGGUGAACUUUUAGGUGGCCGUUGUAUUCUUUCAGUGGUUGCCAGAACUUCGGAGGAAAGUGUGCGUUUCGUGAAGACAUUCCGAAAGGAGUAAAAAUGUGAAUGAAUCUUGAAAUUUGAACUUCAUGGGUGAUAUUGGGGAAGAGUGAGGUCUUGCGAAUGGAGUCGUUAGAUAUGGGCAUGGAACCCAACUUAACGCUCUGGCUCGACGAUCCAAUCUUGGGCAACGUCACUCAGGAUUUAGAUGCCAGGGAUCUCUCGCCCAGCGCCCAGAAAUGUCUCGGAGAAAUUGCCAAUACCUCAAGAACAGGAGGAGCGUAUUGCGACAGUGCCUGGGAUACCUUGCACUGCUGGCCCUCGACUUUGGCGGGCACUACCGCGAAGGAAUCGUGUGCCAACAUCUUCACGGACGUACCACACCUUAUCAACCAUCCUGAUGCAUUUGCGUUCCGGGAAUGUGACGCCAGAGGGCAGUGGCUCUGGGAUGGAUGGACCAAUUAUUCUGAGUGCCUGAGCGUCAUAGAUCAGAAGCCAGAGGGCUCUCCUGAUGUUGUCGAAGCCGUCGGCUACAUCACUUUCGUCGGAGCUCUCCUGUCGUUGUCCACGCUGCUGGUCACCCUAUUUAUUUUCACGUAUUUCAGGGCGUUGGAGUGUGACCGCCUGAGGGUUCACCGAAAUCUGGUGGUGUCUCUCAUCAUCCGCUUCGUAGUGAUGCUGGUGCUCACUGAACCUUUCGUGUCGCAGAGAGAAAAGAUCACCUACAGAGAUGUGGACUGGCUCUGCAAGACCCUCCUUGGAGUGAGGAUGUACGCACAGAUGUCCUCAAUCAACUGGAUGUUCGUCGAAGGACUGUAUCUCCACUCCAGACUGACGUCCAACAUCUUUAACGACGGAGCUCCUUUUAUGCUUUAUUACGCCAUUGGAUGGGGUACACCGUUGCUGUUCAUCCCAGCCUGGGCCGCUACCAUGUACUUCUACCACCCUGUGCACUGCUGGAAGGGAUACGGCUCUCUCACCUAUGUGUGGAUACUCGUUGCUCCGAUGGUGAUCGCUCUGAUGGUCAAUUUCCUCUUCCUGAUAAACAUCAUCCGGAUUAUGGUGACAAGACUCAGACCUGUUUCUCUUCCACACAGGAACCAGUUCAGCCCCCGUCCAAACCACGCACCACAGAAAAGUCAGGCGCAGCCUUACCCACUUCUCCAAAUCCCCCCACUUCAUAACCGUUCGCUGUCCAAAAGCAAAACCCUCCGCUUCUCCCAGAUGAAACAAACCAGCAGUCACGCGAACUGCCAUUCCCCCGUGGAGAUCGUCUCCUACAAGUCCCUGGUCUCGGAUUCCUUCGACAGCUGCGUUCAAGAGCAGCAGCUGGACAGACGCGUCUCUCGAUCGAACAGCAAUCUGUUUCUGGAGGACAAGGAGUUCGAAUGCGAUUGUCACGAUGGCAGUUUAGUGAUGCUACGGCAGGACAAAAUGAACGCAUCGAAUGACUCCGGUGAUGAUUACGUUGCCCAUUCUGUGCCCGAAAGCAUUGUCGAUUCUGAGCGGUCGCUUCAAGGAGGGAGUCUGAACGCCGCAGAUUUCUCGACUGACAGACAUUUUGGCGACGGUUCUUUCCGCCAGCAGGGCAGGAAGAAAGGGUUUCUAGCGCACUGCAAAUUGCACGUUCACACCAAGUCUGUCAAGACGCGGAUAAAGCUGCGACAUUUCGGCAAGAACGAAAACUUCCUGAGUAAACUGUGCCGUCGCCGGGCCAACAGGAGCGAGACCCACCAAAUGAGAUGCAUCCAAAACUGCCAGCCGUUGAGAAAGUCGAACCAGAUGGCGCAGCGACCGAGGAGUCAGGACCGUGCAAGUCCUUAUAACCAGAUUCAGGAGAUGCCCCUCUACGUUUCGGAAAGCUCCUGCGGCAUCAGCGGAAGGGAAGGAUGUUCUCCCUCGCUAUCGUCGGCUGUGUGCGAAAGUGGGGGCGCUGAGAAAUCCCUUAGCCACAGUGUGCAUUCUUCUUUCAGCCAGAGAAGCUACUCACCGCCGAGUCAGUUUAGUGGCCAAGUCAAAAAGUUGCAAAACCAGUCGUCCCUUGGUUUUACUUCGAACAGACCAGAAUUUAAUAUAAGAAAAGCCAUCAAGGCCACGCUCAUCCUAUUCCCCCUGUUGGGGAUCACCAACCUCCUCUUCGCCAUCAAUCCUCGGGACAAAGGAAGGCUGGAAGGCGCCUACAUGGUCACCAACGCCCUCCUGCAGACGUCUCAGGGCAUCCUGGUCUCCGUCCUGUAUUGCUUCUUGAACACCGAAGUGCAAAGCUACCUGCGGAAGAGAUGGCGCCGCUAUCGCCUGCAGCGUCUCGGUUUCUCGUCCAGACACUGCAGGAAGAAUACUCGCAGCACCAUCGUCCUCUCCCCCACCACUUUCAGUCUGACGAGGUCUCAGUGUGCGACGUCUCAGUCACUCUGCACAAGCCCGGCUGGGCCUCUCAACCAGUCAGUGUAAUGACAAAACAGUGAAUUAAGAGAGGCGCCCCCAGGAUACUCAGCUAGUCAGUGUGAAGUGAAAAAUAUAGGUUCUAUAGAACUUGCCAAAAUACUCGGUCUGCAGUCAGUUAGUGUGGAGAGAUAAAGGUAUAUAUUACCUGAACCCUGCCAGGUAUUCGUCCAGUUAGCGUGAAGGGCGAAAUAUAGGUUGAAAAUGCAUUCCGAGGCCAUUCAACUAGUCUCUAUAAAAAGAGAUAAAGAAUUGUCUCUUCGUUGCAGGACGAUGAAGAUGAUGAUGAUGAAACUCCUCCAGGCCCCUAAGCUAGUCAGUGUAAACGGUAUAAGGACUUUAAAAGCCUUAUAUAGUAGCUAAAACAAACUAUAUGAACUAUGUGAGAAAAAAAAAACGGCAUGAACUACGCGCGCACAUACCACGGCCCAUCAAGCCAGUCGGUGCAAUAAGCCUGGCCGAUCCCUGAAGCCGGCCAAUGAAGAGGAAAAUAUGGAAGUCCUAUAAGAUUAAGAAGUUAAAGACACUGAAACAAAAUUUGCAGAACAGGGAACCAUUCGGCAGAAGAUCUGCUGACUUGACGACGAUGUUAAUGCCGUUUGUUUUUCUUGGUACUCUGCUGGAGCUGUCAUUGGUAGUUGUGUAUCAGGCGGUGUAUAAUAUUAUGUAUAUACAAAAAAGCUGAAUGGAAAAGGUAACGGCACGGGUACCGAGGCCCUUCGUUCUCUAAGGCAGUGAGGAUUUGUGACGUUGCUCAUAAUACGAGGUCUAUACAAAUAAUUUAAAAAUGAUCAGGGAAAAUUUUGAGAAUAUAUUUAUUAAUAUAUA